GCCUGUAUGUAAUAGGGCAGAGUCGCUUCGCAGCUAUUGAUCAGGCGUAGGACUGGACUCCAUACCAGUGCCGGCAUUCACAGAGUGCGGUCAGUGCAUAUCCGUUUUCGUUCCAUUAAUAACGAUAGGGCCAAUGUUUACAUAACCAAUUAGAAAGAAAGCGUGAAUUUUCGCACCACUCAUAUUCGUGUCGCCUUUUUCCUAACGCUUCCGCUAAUUACGUGAGACCAUAACCCAACUCCUAAGACAGUAUUUUCUUGGAAUAUUUAUUUAAGUUUCCUGUAUAUCCAUCAUUCGUAUUUUCAAUACACUCACAAUAUCUGCUAUUUUCUUUAAUUGUACCUGUGCAGUGUAUAAAAUGUACAGACAUUGCUGUUCAAAGAGGGGAAAUCUCACCGCUGCAUCUGUGUUGCGAUUGUGUGUCAAGUGGUCUGUUUAGGUUUCGUGAUAAAUUUGGGCGAUCCGGGAUAAGAUCAUGGUGUCUUCAGACGGCGGUUCCCCCCGAGAGAUCGGAAGUCUAGAAGAAGAAGAGGCAUCGCAUCACAUGGAAAGGUUCGACGGAGAAGCGGCUCCGCCUCACGAGACCUCCCUGAUAGACACGGACCAGGUGUACAGCAAUCCCGAUGAGCUUGCAGUGCGCACAACUCCUUUGACGCCACUGGACGCCGAUAUCUGCGAGAGGGCGCAUCAGUUGUGCCGCGAAUACUUGAGAGGCGCCUGGAAGAGAAUUACUGCACAAGAUAUCGUUAUCAGGAAAGUGAGUGGCGGCUUGAGCAACCUACUGUACUAUUGUUCGCUGCCUGCUGGUUGUCCUUCGGUACAAGGGGAGCCAUCACGGGUCCUGCUGCGAUUCUAUGGGCAACUCCAUGGCGAGCGAGCCCUGGAGGGACUUGUCACAGAGGCAGUCAUCUUCACAAUGCUGUCAGAGAGCCAACGAGGACCUCGUUUGCUCGGGGUGUUCCCAGGAGGGCGCCUAGAGGAAUAUAUACCUGCUCGGCCUUUAAGGACAAAUGAACUGAGUGACCCUGUGCUGAGCCAGUUGGUUGCAGAAAAGCUUGCACAGAUCCACAUGAUGGAUGUACCUAUCAACAAGGAGCCAAGAUGGCUGUGGGACACUAUGUACAGGUGGCUGGACAGCAUCCAAGAGUUUAUGAGCUUAAAGUAUGAAAACCUUGUGGCAAAAGCAAGGACUGAAAAACUCAUGAGUUACAGUCUCAGGCUUGAACUUGACUGGUUGAAGGAGUUCCUCACGAGCAUAAAUUCUCCAGUGGUGUUCUGCCACAAUGACUUGCAAGAGGGAAACAUUUUACUCAGGCUGGAUGCACAAAUGUCUCAACACCCACAUCCUGAGCUUGUUGUCAUUGAUUUUGAAUUCUGCUCAUAUAACUACCGGGGCUUUGACAUUGCCAACCACAUGUGUGAAUGGCUGUAUGAUUACACCAAUGAAAACUCCCCUUACUUCUGGGUAUCACAUGACAACUAUCCAUCACUGAAACAGCAGGAACACUUCUUGGAGAGCUACAUACAGGCAGUGCAGGGGAAACAGAGCUUGCAAGCUGUAACUAGAGAAGAGAUGGAUCAAUUGCUCAGAGAACUCCAAGCAUUCACACUUGCAUCACACUUCUUCUGGGGCUUAUGGAGUCUUUGCUAUGCCAGCAUUUCCACAAUUCCCUUUGAUUACUGGGAAUAUGGUGAAGUAAGAUUUGAAGCAUACUUCAAACACAAAGCAUCUCUUUUCAGUAAAUUAGAUGAAUCACCAGGAUCUGAGAGCAUAGCAGAGCUUAUGAAGUCUCUGUGUCAUGUGGCACAGUAUAAAUCCAGUUAACUGAAGUGUCAGAGGGAAGACACUUGGGUGUCUGCAAGACUGCUACAAACACUGGCUGUGACCUGCAAGUCUAGGAAAUCAACACGACAACACUGUUCUCCUCUUCUGCAGAAUCUGAAACUGGAGAUAAAAGCCACCUGUAUACAUGAAAAAAUUAGUUAAGUCCAUUUUUGUGUAAAUUGGUUUUUGACAUCAGUAGGAAGUUACAUUCUUAUUCUAUAUGAAAAUACAGUCUUAUGGCCUAUCAUACAUGUGUGUCUGCUGCCCUUUGUAACUUCUGAACCACCCGACAGAUUUUCAUGAAACUUUGUAUGAGCAUCAUGCCACUAGAGACCAUCCUGCUUUUUAAUUUCCAUAUUUUGAUUUCAGAUCUCAUCCCAGAGACUGGCUAUUCUGAGAGUUUUCAUGGUUUGGCUCAGUCCCUCCAUGCAAAUGUCAAGUACCUCAAAGUAUUCUGUAACUGUUUUCUUCCACAUAUUUGACGUCAUUACAAAAAAAGUCAGCAACAUUAACGUUCUUGCACGAGUGAAAUUUGUUACCGAUUCCUAAAUAAAAUAGUUAAAAACUCUAAAACUAAAAAAAAUGUGACUUUUAAAUGAAAUACCAUGAUUUUCAUGGAGCAACUGGAUGGAUCCCACCCCCACGAAUUUCCUGCCACAAAGUUUCAAAUAGUUUAUUUAAUGAAGUCAGUAGUACAGCAUCAAAUAAUAUGAUUGGUGAAUGAUGAAUUAGAAAAGAUGUGAAAGAAAGUAGUUAUGGCCAAUUUGCAGUACUAUCCCAGAAUCUACCUAGAGGGACUGGGGAAAACCAUGAAGACCCUAACCAAAACAGCUGGUGCCUAAGCUGAGAUUUAUACUGAGCACCUCCUCAAUGCAGGACAGAAGUGUUACUACAUGAGACAAUUUGCUUGGUAGGUUCCUGUCAACUUUGCCACAAGCCUAACUUCUCGGGUCUUUACAACAUGAUAAAGUCUGCAGGCCAUAUAUAACAAAUAGAAGGUCGCAGUAUGGUCUGAAAGAAAGGUUGAUAAAGUGUUUAUUUUUCUAUCCAAGUUUCACAUUCUGUAACAAUUCUACAGACACAAAACAUCUGAAAUAAAAUAAACUUGUAACAGUAUUCUGUAUAAAGUUUUAUGUGUUGACAGUGCAUGAGGACGAACUCUUUAUGUAUUUAUGGCAUAUGGCAAUGUAUACUCAUAAUUUAAGCAUCAUGGAUUAUCUAACUCUGGCAGCUUCAGACUACAGUUACUAUGGAGAAAAGUGAUUGUCAUUUUUAUGACUAAAUUGAAAUAUGGCAGUUCCUUGAUGGAACAUCAUCGGUAUUGUUACAGCACAUCCUUAAAGUGUGAACCUGCAUGCUGAAAAUUCUUGGGCCUAUAAGAAUUGUUUUUUAUAGAA